AAGGCCAUUGUGCAGGUACUAAUAGCCGGGCAAGAUAAACAUCAGAGAGAAAAGAAAAACAAUCUAAACCGGGACUUAAUUCUCACGUAAAUGAAAAGGAGGUGCGCAACGCAUUUCACUCCUACAGGCUCCGGGCACUUUGGGGCAUCCAACUUCUCAAGGUGUCAUCCUAGUUCUUAUAAAUGCUGAUUGCUCGAUUGUCACUUUUGACGUUGUUCUUCAUUGAAGUUGUGCUGGGCAGCAGAGGAGCAAGUGUUCGUACAGCUUCUCCCCCACCCCUCCUGCUGCACUCACACACCCACCUUUCACCCCCGCCCAGUUUCAGUUACCAAAAAAAAUCCCUUUCUCGUUUUCCCGCAGAGAAAGAGGGGAGUGGAGCUGAGAGGCGAGGAACUUUGCAGAGAGAAUUAAGUUGAAGAGCUGCUGCACCUGGGAUUUGCUCGCCCGCCCCGACCAUAAAGCAAAGCUGCCCUCACGUCCCUCCGCUUAUCCGAGCUUGCACAAGUGGCGAGCAUGUCAUUUGCACUGGGGCUUUGUGCAUCCCGGGCAGGAGAGCGCAAACGCUGCCAGGACGCAGGAGCUGCCCGAUAAACUCGCCGGGCGCAGAGAAUAGCACAGGGAUUGUUUUGAUGGAGUGAACAGGACAUGGAAUUGGAUUUCACUUGUGGUGGUUCUGCUUGAGAGCUGCUUGUGAUUGACUGCUUGCUGCCUGGGGACUCAGUUACAGCCAUCACGUCUGCUGUCAGGAGUAGAAGUCGCUGACUUCCCACUUGUGCUCUAGCUGUUGCUCUCCUGGCUGCAUCUCACAAACUUUGUCGCAUUUUCAGACUAAGCUCUCGCAGGCAACUGCACUUGGACUCUACUUAUUUGUACUUAAACGCCUGGAUAUCAUAACAACGAGGGAAUUACACGGACUUGGCAGUAGCCAUAUGCAUUUAGCAUAAAAAAGGCAACCUCAAACAGAAUUGCACUGACUUUCCAUCAGACCGGCCUAUGCGGAGCGGAGCUGUCCCUUCCGCACCAGAUACACAGCGAUCGUUGUGAUAAAGGGUAUCAAGGCAGCUUGUGGGGUACCCCAAGUUAGUGGGAUGGCUAAACCGGUGGAUCAUGUGAAGAGACCCAUGAAUGCCUUUAUGGUUUGGUCCAGAGCCCAGAGGAGGAAAAUGGCCCAAGAGAACCCCAAGAUGCACAACUCUGAGAUCAGCAAGAGGCUGGGUGCGGAGUGGAAGCUGCUGACUGAGGCCGAGAAACGACCGUUCAUUGACGAGGCGAAGCGACUGCGCGCAAUGCACAUGAAGGAGCACCCAGACUACAAGUACCGGCCCCGGAGGAAGCCCAAGACCCUACUCAAAAAGGACAAGUUUGCCUUCCCAAUGCCCUAUGGGUUUACAGGGGACCAUGAUGGGCUGAAGGUUGCUGGGUUACAUGGGGCCGGGGCGCUCACUGACUCUUUGCUUUCCAACCCAGAAAAAGCGGCAGCCGCCGCAGCUGCCGCAGCGGCUAGAGUGUUUUUUCCUCCAUCUGCGGCUGCCGCAGCUGCUGCAGCUGCGGCAGCCGCCGGCGGUGCAAAUCAUCCUUAUUCUCUGUUUGAUCUGAGCUCUAAGAUGGCAGAGAUCACAUCUUCAUCCUCAUCUCUUCCUUAUACCUCGUCCAUUGGAUACCCUCAGGCAAGUGGGGGCGCCUUUCCUGGGGUGGCAGCCGCAGCUGCAGCCGCCGCUGCUGCCGGUGGGGGUCACACACACUCUCACCCCUCUCCUGGGAACCCUGGUUAUAUGAUCCCAUGCAACUGUACAGGAUGGCCCAGUCCAGGACUGCAGCCCCCAUUAGCUUAUAUUCUAUUCCCAGGCAUGGGGAAGCCUCAGCUGGACCCUUACCCCGCAGCAGCCUACGCGGCCGCAUUAUGACAGCAUGACAGCCCGACUAAGGGCACUGGCACUGCAACCGACAGGUGGAACUCAAUGUGGGACCCAUGGACACAGUCCUAGGACAGGAUCCCCCUAACUCCCGGGUAGUAACACGCAAUUACCAGUCACUCUGGCUUAAUAUGCUGUGAAUACAUACUGAAUGAGUGAAACAUGUGAGAUGUGUCGCAGAAGCGACCAGUCGCACUUGGUUUAUGUGGAGUAGUGGUUUGCAUUUGGAAUCCUUAACUUUGGAGGAACUUGUGUUGUGCUGCUGAUCCCAAGUACUGGCUCUGUUUCCUCGUACAAACUGGUUUCUACAAAACAAGAAAAACCACCUAGCACAGAACAUUUCAAAUGGCCCUAGUAGUUGUGCACUUGUAUGUCGGGACUUUACAGCUCUCCUGCCACUUUGCAUGCUAUAGAUGGACAGUCGGUGCGGCAGAGAUCUCCUUGGCACAUGUGUGGGAUGAUGUGGGACACUUGUGCAACUACUUGUAUGCACAGACUCUAUCACUGUAUGGGAAAUAUUACCAGCAGCGCAGAACUGCGACUGAUAUGGCACUAAAUGGAUUCAGAUAUAUUAUGUGCUCAGGCAAUCUAUACCGAAUUUUCAGAGCUCUUGCAGGAAUCCCCUGUUAUUCUGGCAAAGGCUCCUGAGGUCACAAUGUAAAUGUAUAGAUGAAUGAGAAAACUUGCUGCUCUUUCCCCCCCAAUCUCAGUAAGUUUAAAGCAAAGAAACUAUUUCAGAGUAAAUCCUAAUAUUAUGUGACAUGUAAGGACUGCAGUUUUGUUUCAAGUUUUUUAAAGACAUUUUUUUUCCAUGUCUAAUAGCUGUAUAUUUAUUAUUUAGAGAAUACCAUAAAUUGUCCCGAGAUUAACCAAACUUGAAAAUUGCCUGCACGAUUUGGGUAAUUUAGUUGUGAUAUAUCUCCAGAAAAAUCCCAACAAACCAGUUUGCAGGUUAAGAAAUGAUCAUUUAGACACAUUUCCCCUUUAGUCAAAGUCCAGAUCUUUGUUUACUUUUGUAAUGUGCAUAUUUUGACUAAUAUAUGUGAAUGAAGCCGGCUAACUUGUACUUAGUUUUAUUUUGCAUUUCUGUAAUACAAAGUAAA